AUGAAAUGCCUCUUCUUGCUGCACACCUUACUUGCAGCGUCACUUGUUGGGGCACAAUCUGUCGCUGAUCUUCCAAGCUGCUCACUUCCCUGCUUCUCUACUGCUAUUGCAACAACCAAUUGUGGCGACACAGACUACGUUUGCCAGUGUACAGCCGCGCAUGCUGCUACCAUCAGGUCUUCGGUGACGGCAUGCUUAGCAAAGUCAACUUGCUCCUUAGGCGAUCUAGAGAAAAUACAAACAUGGAGCAACACCUUUUGCCCUAGUGUCCUAUCUUCUGCAUCCGCAGCCUCUGCUUCUUCAACCUCUUCUACCUCAUCAUCCACGUCUGCAAGUCCUUCAUCUACAACCAGCGACAGAUCUGGCAGCACCUCGUCCGCUGUUCCAGUCGUGAUUGCCUCUUCUACCUCUGCCUCUGCCUCUUCUACGUCAAGCGUGUCUCCAGCCGUGGAGACCUUCGGAGCCGGUACUCACGGAACAACAUGGGGCAAUUUACCUGCAAACCCUUCGAAUGCGAAUCGAGGACCUGCAUUCGAGGCUGUGUCCAUCAUUCUUCUCUCAGUAGCAGCUCUUGUCCUGGCUUUCAGAUUCUUCGCGCGUAUCUACACCAAGCGUGUAAGGCAGGUUGUCCGAGGAGUGGGUCCAGACGAGUGGUUCGCGCUCAUGACCUUGAUUAUUACCGCCGGUGUUACUGCGGAUAUCAUUGUCGGUACUGAGUACGGUAUGGGCAAACACAUGUCCCUCAACGAGACAUCGGCUCAACUUUCAGCGAUUCUGAAAUUGGUUUACGUUUUUAUACUACUAAUCACCGUCUCUUUUGGUUCCAUGAAAUUCAGCGUUCUCUUCCUCUAUCUGCGAAUGACCCCAGAAAGGUCUCACAAGAUUGCCAUCUAUAUCAUCAUGGGUUUCGUCGUCGCUCACGAAAUUUCUUCACUGGUCGGCGCGAUCUUUCAAUGCGUACCGAUCGACGCAUUCUGGGCUGCUGAAAACCCACUCCAGAAUUCAAAAUGCAUCGGCAUUCUAGUGUUCAAUGGCUUCAACAGCGCGUGGAGCUCCUUGGAAGAUCUUGUAAUCUGGAUCCUUCCCAUUCCUGUCAUCUGGAAGCUCAAAGUGCCUUUCUCACGGAAAAUGGGUCUUUGGGUACUCAUCGCCAUCAGCUUCAUCUCGGUUGUCUGUGCCAUCGUCCGCAUGGCCUCUCUAAUCAUCUGGAUGCGAUCAAUCGACAUCUCCUGGAAUUACCCUCUCGUCCCAUUCCUCUCAAACAUGGAGGUCUGUGUAGGUCUCAUGACCUCGUCGGUUCCUGCAAUCUAUCCGUUGUUUCGAAGGUCCGCAAGGAAGCAAAGUCACUCGGAUCCAGCGCCGCCACCGAUGGGGCCGCCCGAGACAUCCUGGGUCAGUCGGGAUAGUCACGACGAGACCGCCGUACCAUCUACAGCGGACCGGUCGAGCAAGAGAUGGAGCUUCCUGAGCCGGAAGACGUCGACGAAGCCCAAGCUCGAUGGGCACGGGUACCUCUCGACCAUGAGAAGCGAGUAUGGUCCGCGAACGGAGUUGAGGAGUGUGUUCGAGACGGACGAAGUCGGGGAUUUCAUACCCGGACUGGCAAAGUGA